GUUAAGCGGCGGACUGUUUUAGCAGACGGACCACGGACAAGUCGCUAGUCAGCUAGCGGCCGUUGGAAACACAAACGGGACUCCAGCACUCAGAGAGAGGAGCUCUCAUGUUACCCAGCUAAAUCUUCAGCCGCAUCUAGUUUACCAACACAGCUACAGAGUUCACUGUUCACUAACUCCAUCCAGAGGUCGAGACCUUCACGGUGAAGAUGGGAGUACCGAAGUUCUACCGCUGGAUCUCGGAGCGCUACCCGUGUCUGAGUGAAGUAGUGAAGGAACACCAGAUUCCAGAAUUUGACAAUCUCUAUCUGGACAUGAAUGGGAUUAUCCAUCAAUGUUCCCACCCCAACGACGAGGAUGUCCACUUUCGCAUUUCUGAGGAAAAGAUUUUUGCUGACAUCUUCCACUACCUGGAGGUGCUCUUCAGGAUCAUCAAGCCUCGCAAGGUCUUCUUCAUGGCGGUGGAUGGUGUGGCGCCGAGGGCAAAGAUGAACCAGCAGAGAGGACGGAGAUUCAGGUCCGCCAAAGAAGCAGAGGACAAGAUAAAAAAAGCUCUGGAUAAAGGAGAGGUGCUUCCCACAGAGGCUCGCUUCGACUCCAACUGUAUCACUCCUGGCACUGACUUCAUGGCAAGACUCCAGGAGCAGCUCAAGUAUUUUGUCCACAACAAGCUCUCCACCGACAAGCUAUGGCAGAACGUCAACGUCUACCUGUCCGGUCACGAGACUCCAGGGGAGGGAGAACACAAGAUCAUGGAGUUCAUUCGCUCUGAGAACACCAAUCCGGAUCACGACCCCAACACCCGACACUGCCUGUAUGGCCUGGAUGCUGACCUGAUCAUGUUGGGUUUGACCAGCCAUGAGCCAAAUUUCUCCCUGCUCAGAGAAGAGGUCCGCUUUGGAGGAAAGAAAAACCAGAAAAGGAUAUCGGCUCCAGAGGAGACAACUUUUCACUUGCUUCACUUGUCUCUGAUGAGGGAGUACAUAGACUAUGAGUUCUCUAGCCUCAGGAAUCAGAUCGGUUCUGAUUAUGACUUGGAGCGAAUAAUAGACGACUGGAUUCUAAUGGGCUUCCUAGUGGGAAACGAUUUCAUCCCUCACCUCCCUCACCUUCACAUCAGUCAUGAUGCUCUGCCGUUGCUGUACAAGACCUACAUCAGUGCUCUGCCCACCAUGGGGGGUUAUCUGAAUGAGAACGGCCAUCUAAACCUCAGAAACUUUGAGAAGUACAUGGAGAAGCUUGCUGAGUUCGACCGGGAACAUUUUAGUGAGAUCUUUGUGGACUUGAAGUGGUUUGAGAGUAAAGUUGGCAACAAGUAUCUGAAUGAGGCGGCCGGAUUGGCAGCCGAGAAGGAAGCUGCCAGCAGAGAAAUCCACGAGAAAGAGGAUUCAACCUCAUCAGAAAGAGUGAUUGGAGAAGGAAAAGGAGGGGCAGGCGACGAUGAGGAAGAGGAGGAUGAUAUGUUUGAAACAGAGUUCAGACAGUACAAGCGCACCUACUAUAUGACCAAGAUGGGCGUGGAUGUGGUGUCUGAUGACUUUCUAGCCAAGCAGGCCAAGUGCUACGUGGAAGGUAUCCAGUGGAUUCUCCACUACUAUUACCACGGGGUUCAGUCCUGGAGCUGGUACUACCCCUACCACUACGCUCCCUUCCUGUCUGACAUCAGGAAGAUAUCAGGGUUAAAGUUGACCUUUGACCUUGAGAAACCCUUCAUGCCCUUCCAGCAGCUGCUGGCAGUCCUGCCUGCUGCCAGCAUGCAGCUGCUGCCCGAGAGUUACAGGCACCUGAUGACCAGUGAAAACUCUCCCAUUAUUGAGUACUACCCUGUUGACUUUAAAACAGACCUCAAUGGCAAGCAGCAGGAAUGGGAGGCUGUGGUUCUCAUUCCCUUCAUAGAUGAGAGGUGCUUACUAGCAGCCAUGGAGCCCUAUAAUCACAAGAUGACUAAAGAAGAGAAGGCCAGGAAUUGUCACACAGACUGUGCAGUCUACACUUACGACCAGGAAAUAGACGUCCCAUACUCCUCCAACCUGCCGCAUUUGUUCCCCGACAUCAUCCACUGCCAUGUCAAGAUAGAAGACAUCCCUAUGGAUGCCUGGCAUGUACGGUUGGACCACGUCAGCAGACGCUUCGACCGCUCAGCUCUGUACUUCUGUGGCUUCCCCACACUGCAACGCAUCAAACACAAGUUUUUCAAGAAGAAGAGUGGGGUGGUCGUGUUCCAGCAGAGCAGCAGAGGGGAGAACAUGAUGCUGGAAAUCAUCCCCAACCAGGAAGGAGAGGCGGUAUGUGAUGAUGUUGCUUCACAAGUACUGGGGAAGUCGGUGUUCGUCAACUGGCCGCAUCUAGAGGAAGCUCGCAUCAUUGCAGUGACGGACGGAGACGUCAAGUUUUGUCUGGAGGAACCACCCGGUGUCCAAAGACUGUAUGACAGGCCGUCCACUCCUCCUCCCACCAAAGUCCUCUGCCUGUCUGACAAGGAGCAGAAGGACUGGGUGAAGGAUGUGCAGGGACAGACUGAACAUUUCGUGAAGAGGAAAGGCAUCAUGGUGAACGAGACAUCGGUGGUUUUGUACGGCCAGUUGCUGGCGGGAAGGAAAUACGUCCCCAAAGCCAACGGCGUGGUGGAACUUGAGAAACAGUGGGCCAAGCAGGUCCUUCCGUUCGCCUACCAGACCGUGGUUAAGGACAUCAAGGCCUUUUACUCGUCUCUGACCUGCUUCAAGAGCUUAGACGAGCUCUUCCCUCCAGCAACCGCUGUCUUCAUGGUGGGGAACCCUUACUACGGUGCCAUGGGCGAGGUGCAAGAUUCAAGCGAUGUCAUUAAAGAUGGCCGGGUACGAGUUGUCUUCAACGUGCCGCACGAACCACAGCUGGAGCCUUUGAUCCAGAAUCAGCAUAAGUACUGUGUGAAGUACAGUCCCGGAUACGUUCUGGCAUCUCGUCUCGGCGUCACCAGCUACCUUGUCUCCCGCUUCUCUGGAAGCAUCUUCAUUGGCAGAGGCUGUAAGAAGAAUCCCUGUGGGGAGCAAAAAGCCAACGUUGGCCUGAACCUGAAGUUCAACAAGAAGAAUGAGGAGGUUCCUGGAUACACCAAGAGAACUGAAAAGGAGUGGCUCUACUCUAAUGCUGUGGAGGAUUUGCUGGCCGAAUACCUGGACAGAUUUUCUGAAGUAUUCAACAAUGUGUCCAGAAACAGUCACGAUGAUGUCUUCUAUGAAGAUGACAUCUGGCCUGCUGAGGACCAGAAUGGGGCGGAGAGGGUUGCUGAAAUCACCUCAUGGUUGAAAAGUCACCCAGUGAGCUCCAUCGGCAGGACGUCAUGCGACCUGCAGGUGCUGGACACUGCCAUCGUGGAGAGGAUCGAGGACGCGGUGGAGAAAGCCAAGGUGAAGAAGAGCACCAAGAAAGUCCGUGUGACGGUCAAGCCUCAUCUCCUCUUCAGGCCCUUGGAGCAGCAGCAGGGAGUGGUCCCAGACCCGGAUUCCGAGUACCGCCUGUUUGACAGGGUCAUCAACACCAGGGAGAGCUUCACCGUCCCACUGGGACUCAGAGGAACCAUCAUCGGCAUCAAAGGAGCGGAGCGCGAGGCAGAGGUUCUCUACGAAGUGCUUUUUGAUGACGAAUUUGCCGGAGGUCUCACCAUCAGGUGUACGUCACCUCGCGGUUACCGCCUCCCUCCCUGCGCUCUCAUUAACCUUUCCCAUGGAGCCCGAGCGGAUCACACCGGCCACAAACUCACCGCCAUCGUCAAACCUCAGCCCGCCAAUGCUGCCAACCUCAACUCACACCGCCAGAUGCCCGGCCUGAACCACUCCCCACGUUCACCCUUUACGCCCACACAGCAUAAUAAUAAACACGGUGUGGUGAAGGCAGCCUCCCAGGGCAACAGGAGCUCUCCCUCUAAGGGUCCUAUCCAGAAACAACAGGCAAAGGAGUACAGUAAUGUGUGGCAGACUCUGCAGAACUCCGGUCCUCCUGUCAAACCUCCGGCUCACUGGCAAAAUGAAGGACUUUCCCAACAGGGGAAGAACCAGCACCCCAACAAAGCUGCCCCAGUUGGUGGCAUCAGACUGUUGAAGAAAAAUGAAGACAUGAACUCCCUUUUCCCCCAACAGAACAUAGCCAAUAAGGCUACAACUGAAUUUGAGGAUCUGAUAGCCAGUCUUAAGAUCUCUAGCCAGCAGACCCCACCUCCUCCUGCUCCUCCUCCACAAGCACCCACCAGCCAGUCAGAUGGCCCGUUGUCUCCGCAGUCCUUCGCCAUGAAGGGAACUCUGAUGCUGAAGGAGAUGCUGAAGAUUGACGGUGCUGGAACAGCAAGUCCCACUUCCCAGGAGGCAGUUAACGCCGGCGGCCAGCAGCAGAACAGGAGACGAUCGUCCAAGAAACUAGCAGCAAAUAUGAACACCCCCCUCGGUGACUCGGCUGUAAUAAAUUCUCCCGUACUGGCCGCCCCUGCUAACCUCUCCAACGCUUUGCUGACCAGUAAGGUGUCAGAGCUGGCGUGUGUCUGCGUGGGGUUGGGAAUGGCACCACCCGAUUUCAGCUACAUAGGCAACAGACAGACAGUAGUGUGUCAGGUGAAGCUGUCCAACGGGUUGAUGGUUCACGGUCCUCAGUGCCAAUCAGAAAAUGAUGCCAAGGAGAAAGCUGCCUUCUUUGCCCUACAAAGACUGAACUCCGUUGGAUCUGGUUUCCCCCUCCCUCCUGCUCUGUACCCCGCAGUGGGUCAGAUACGACCCCCACCCUUAGGACCCAUGACCCAGGUCUUCAGCCAACAAGGUGGUUUGCUGUUGCCUCCCCAGGGUUACGGCCCUGCCCCUAUGUGGGGAAUGCCGCUGCCUCCUCACCACCACCAAAACCAGCCCUUCUUUGGAGCACCGGGAACCUUCCCUGGGGCCGCCCGCCCCCAGCCGGCACCAACACUGCCCAUCGGCUCACACAACCAGUUUAUUCCACUACAGAUUUCCACUCAACAGGUGACUAAGAAGCGAGUCUCAGCCAACAAGAAGAACCAGGAAACCCGAGAGUUUUACAGCGCCGCCCACACUGUGUCCAGAAACCAAUCACAGAAAGUCCAGAACCAGCCCUUUGGCCAUCCGAUGGCUCAGGGCGAAUCCCUUGGUGGGAAAUUCGACCAGGCGCACCAAUACGCCGCCAACAGCAACCCCUCCUCGUCCAGUCCGGGUCUAGUGGACAUUGUUUCCACGACGACAGCAGCCCCGCACACGCCCCCUCGUCAAAACGUCCCACCGGCAGGCCACACCCCUGGCUCCUCCUCCAAGAGGAAGCACAGAAAGCUGGCAGUCAAUUUUGAGGCGGCUAAAGUCUCUGAGUGAUGAACUGGUGAGUGUUUGUGUGUGUGGAUGUGUGUGUAGAGAGAGAGAGUGUGUGUUUGGUGUUUUUAAGCUGCUGUUUUAAAGCCUGACUCAGCAUCUCUGAUCAAAACCUCAUCAAUGUGAAAGUUUCUUUUCACUGAAUUUUUUUUGUCUUGUUUUGCACUUGAGCAAACUAAAUUAUCCCCCCUUUUACUGAAAACACAACAACACAUCAUAUGACAGAAUCCCAUUGUCCUUUCACCUCUUCUCUUGUAAGCUGGCUGUUGUAGUUCUACGUUGCCUUGUCAAGCGUGUUUGUUGCCUACAGGUUGCUGUCCAGUGAGCUUACUGGUGUGGAAAGGAAUCCACUGUGUUGGCUAGAAGUCUAAGGUGCAUUCUGAGAUGUGGCCUUAGCUCUUUGUUUCUUCUUCUUUGGUCUAAAAUAGGUUGAUUUCGUGGAUUGAUUACUCUUCCAAGCAGAACUGAUUAAAGUCUCUCAACAAGUAAUUGCUGAGAUCACGGAACGAGGCAACAUUGCUGGCCAGAGCUACAAAAAUAAAGCCCAAGCUGUAAUAAACCAGUAACCUACGUUUUACACACGUUUCCCCAUUUGAAGCACAUUCGGAAACAAUCUUCUGGUUAACAUUUUCUUAGAAAAAAAUAAUUAUUUCCCAUGUUUGUUCAUUCAGCUUGGUCUGGCUGAGUAUGCCAAGUAGUGAAGAAGAUCUAGAGAAGUGAAACACUGCCUUUUAAAAGUGCGUCAUCUUCAUUAAAUACGCGUUUUAGAGAAAAUCCGAGUAGUGAAAAAACGAAAACGUAGCAGUACCAGCACGACGGACCAAAUAAUUAGCUCAGAGGUAGGGCUGCACGAUUCUGAAAAUUGAGACUGAUGUUGCAAUUGCAAUAUAUGAUUUGCGAUAUUUGAGGGUAUUUUCACAUAAUUAUUGUCAUUUCCAUUGAAAAACAGAUUAAAAUGAUUAUGGUGUGAUUUUUGCGGGGAUCUGUACCAAACUAAGAUGUUUCCUUAAGUCGGUAGAAUAUGAUGUUUUGGCCAGGACAUCUCUGCAGCACCACAAUAUUUAAUUAAAAAUGGUAUUUUGACACAUAUUUUACCUUUAACAAAUAUUGCGAUCAUCCUGCGAUUUGAAAUUUGCUGUAGGCCAUAUUGCGAUUUCAAUAAGAUUGAUUAAUUGCGCAGCUCUGCUCAGAGGAAAACAAAAAGAACAGGAACUAAAACCUUAAGUUAAGUGCAAAAACAUGAUUAUUAGCAGAAUCAGUGUUAUUUUUUCAUCUCUUCCAUCCCCUCGCGUCAGUCCUAGCACCGUCCAUCUACACCGAUUGUAAAAUGUUGCUUUGGAUGUGUACGGCUGAGAGACAGGAGAGUUUUCACUGACUUGGGGUGCUGCUAUUGCCUUAGUUUUGGACGGCACAGGCGGCAGCGUAGACUUGUUGAGAUCCAUCCCGCUCCUGGUCACGGUGCAGAUAGUCCUUGAUAUUUUAGAAAGCCUCUUCUAUUAAUUGAUCUUGGUUCUCAGGGACUCGUCAUACUUUAGCCUCAGAUUUGCACUGCGAUGGUAACUACUUCCUGCUUUUCCCUCUGUAUACUUGUAGACAUAACUAAGUUAUUUACGUGUACGUCUUUAGAAAACUAGUUUGACUGCAUAUGAUGCCGUGUUGGCCGUGUUUUGUUUUUAUUGGGGGGAUGUUAGUGUACUAAUUAUGCAUAAAGAUGGGCCGCUAUGCUUGUACAUACUCAUCAUUUAUGAAGCAUUACAGCCAUUCGUAUCAAACAUACAUCCGCUUUGUCAGGUUUGGAUCAGUGGUGUUAAUCAGGCCAAUAUUGAUUAUCUGUUUUAAUGUUUCCCUUUUUGUUUUUUCUCGUUUUCCCAUCAAGUUUGACAGCCUUUUAUUUCCUUCAGACUCUUGACGCCUUGCUGCAUUUUUAUACUUUUUUUUUAUGGUUUAACGACACCGCCAAAGUAAAAAAAAAAGUUGAAUGCACACUGCCUGCACACAUUGAAGAAUUAUGAUGAGAAAUUAUUGGAGUAACAAACACACAUACACACCACUCGUGAUGAUAUUGCCACUGCAGAACUGUUUUACACCAGCACAUAACCCAGAGUCAAAUUCCACCUACAGUGUUGAAAUCGCCAGAGGCUUUUUUUUUUUUUUAAUUUGUGCGUUUCAUUUUUAUAAACUGGACCUUGUGAGGAAGUCCUUUUUUCAUUUUAUUGUUGUAGUCUACAAAAACUAAUCUAUCAGAUUUGUCCUGUUGGACCUACAGGAGCCCUCACACCGCCAGAUUCCAAAAGCAACGUGAUUACGCAGUCAGUCGUUCAGCUUUUUAAAUUGGAUAGCAGCAUGAGAUUGUGGCUGAUUUGGAGACCCACACACAGCUGAUAAUUGAUGACAUUUACAACUUAAUCAAUUGACUUGAUUAGGUGCAAAGAAAAAAGUAAGCAUUGAUCCACAGCGAUGAUAUAGAGUCCCAUAAGGGUUGAAAAUCAAUUAUUUUUGUAUCUGGGUAAAUGCAGCCAAAGAGCAUUAUAACAGUGUUAUGUGAUGAGUACUAAUCUAUUUAAAACAUUUUAUUUACAUUACGUGCCCACUAAAUUCAGUGUCUCCAAGACGCUCUGCAGCUGUUUGGCUCACCUCACCUCUGGGCACAUCUGGACUUAUUUACACAAGCACGCACGCACACACACACACACACACAUGUAAAAUCUCUCCAUUUUAAAGAUCUUUUUUUCUUCUUUUUCAAGCUAUGGAUUUUAUGGAUACCCUUUUUAUAGACCGUCUUGGGGGUCUUUUCUAAGCGAAUUAUCGUUUCAAUAAUGUUUGUGGUGGAGCUACAGCGACAGAAGCGGCUGCAGCGAAUAGUAAAGUGUCUCUACUUUGUCCUUGUUUCGAGGCACACAGGCAUAACUGAGUAUGUUUGUGGCGUGAUUGUUGUUUUAAGGCUGACAUCCUUAUGCCGACCCUGGGACUCAAGUCUAUAAGGCUCUUGUGCAAUAAGGGGAGGUUUUAAAACAUUUUGGAAAUUGAAGCACACCUGUUGUAUAUCUGUUAUUUUUUUUGUUUUGUUUUUUUUGGAAAUGAAACAAAGUAGAGAAUUCUCAAUAUGAAGAGAUAAUGACUUGCUGUUUUGAUCCAGGAAUGUGCUGUACAUAUCCAUUUAAUAAAGUAAAUCUUUUUGUUACA